AGAGAGAGAGAGAGAGAGAGAGAGAGAGAGAGAGAGAGAGAGAGAGAGAGAGAGAGAGAGAAAGAGGGAGAGAGAGAAAGAUAGCGAGAGAGAGAGCGAGAGUGAGAGCAAAAGAAAGAGAGAGCGAAAGAAAGAGAGAUAGAGAGCGAGAGCGAAAGAAUGUAAGAGAAAAAGAGAUAAAUAAGCAAACAAGUAGUUCGAUUGAGACUGAUAGCUAGACAUACCUACGUUCAGCAUAUCCACAUACACCUAUACACAUAAAUACAGCCGCAAUGAGCAGCUAAGACGAGGGCUGAGGGAGAAGAGUGUGUAUGCUUUCACAAGUGUUCCUCUUAGCAUGACUCAGGUUGUUACUACAGCGACACAUAUGUGCAAGAGGGGGAGUAUCCUGGUUGUAGGCGACCACCUUGCACGCGAAAAAAAGUGGAAACAUCAACAGCUAAAAAGAGAAGAGGAUAUUGAUAACUGUGCGAAACAAGGUCUUAUAGAUACGCCCCAUCAGUUUUGGAGGAACGAUUUAUUUACAAGAGAGAGAGAGAGAGGAUUUCAAGGUCACGAGAUAACAGCGGAGACGGGAAUGGCUGCCGAGACAGGCAACAUGGCUGAAAAUUCGGCUGCUCCUAAUAUGGAAAUAGAUCAAGAUGACAGAUCCGAAACACACAAACUUUAUCUCAUAAAUCAGGCCACGCAUACAUGUCUAGCUGUCAUAAGUGGCUCAUCGCCGGAGAACGCAGUGAUUGGGAUGACGAGUCCCAGUGACAGCCGCGAGAAGCAGUGGUACAACUGCGCCGGGCAGUGGCAGUGGGGCGGCGACCGCUCGUACUGCCUGGCUCCCGUCCCUGGCGACAUUACGGUCCGGCUGGUCAAGUGCGCUUCCUCGACGAUCAAGUGGACGAAGGACGCCGAGGGCAGGAUGGUCUUAGGGUCGCGGGUGCUCACUGUGCCCCCGGGGAGACACAGAACGCGCGUGAUCCUCCGCUCGACGAUUAACGGGUCGGACCAAAUGUGGUGGACAAACGUGGAGCUGCAAGCCUUCUUGAAGGGUGCAGGUCCAGCGGUGUACCCGUUCCCGUCUGUCCAUAUUGCCAUAUACUACCAGGAGAUUGCCCGGGGCCUCUUGAACCAACUCGCCCCGCUGAACGAGCCGCUGCCCUUCCCUCGUGACGUGGCCACCUUCCCCGGCACCGUGGACGACGCCACGCCGCGGGUGGAGAAGACCUUCACGCUGGACCUCUCGGCGCUGGGGCAAGCCAGCAACCUGCGCAUGACGACCCCUCGAGACUGGCAGGCCACCGACCUGUAUGUGGCCGCAGGAGACAUCUUCCUGGUUACCCUUCCCGAAAGCCUGCCACUUGAACAGGCACGGCAGAUCACCGUUUGCGUUGGCGCUCACAUCGAUAAGCUUCGUCCAUCGUCUGGUACAACGAAAAAGAGCAAGUGGUUCAAGCGGAUGCCAGUUGUUUCAGAGACUUUCACUGUCAACCCAGGUAUAAAUCUCCUCCGAAGCCAGUAUGGAGGAAACCUGAUCUUCAUAUUCAGAGAAGGUGAGGUGUUCUUAGUAGAUGUUAAUGUGAAAAAUGUUAUUCGAGCUCCGCACUUUAGGCUCGACAAAACGACCGUGCACGAAUGGAGGGUCUCUAGGACGUCGGGCGCCCCCCACGCGGUGCUGGAGAGCGGCAGGAUUGUCCUGGUGGUGCGGAGCUCAGCCGUCACGAGCUUCGCCUUCCCCGAUCAGCUGAUGCGCCGAUACGAGGACGUCGUGGACAAACUGAAUUUCCUCGCGGGCUUCACGGAGAGUGACCCGCCGCCGAGGGGAAAGUACUGGCUCGUCAACGAUCUGCAGAUUUCGCACGGCUCGGCUCACGCGGGCUUCCCCGUCAUGGUCAACAGGCGCAUCAGGAACCUGGCCAUGUUCGAAACCCCGCAUCGCUGGUGCGUCUGGCACGAGCUCGGCCACAACUACCAGCAAGCCCGGACUUGGGCGCGCGCCUACGGAGUCGAGUCAACGGUCAACUUGUUCUCCUUAUACAUCGGGGAAAUGCUCUUCGGUAAGGACAGACUAAAGAAAAACGACAAGUACAGAUUAGCCUCCGAGGCAGUGGACCAAGGCCUCACGUUUGAAGAAGCCAAUUGCUGGCAGAAGCUGGUGUUCCUGAUGGAGAUCAAAUAUGCAUUUCCCGACAAGGGCUGGGAGAUGUUCCGCCAGCUGAACCGAACGACACGCGCCCUCUCGAAGAAGGAGGCGGAAUACUUGGCCUCCGACCACCAGCUGCAGAUCGACUACGUGUACCGGACGCUGAGCAAGAUCGUGGGUCACGACCUCAUCCUGACGUACCAGCGGUGGGGCCUCAGCGUCAGCCAAACCGCGCAGGAGGAAAUACAAAAGCUUGGCUUGCAGAAAGCGCCGGCAGAUCUCUCCGUCAGGCAAUAGGCAGUCGUUAGGCAUUCUCAUAACAAUCCUGAAAGCUGGUGUUCAGUAGAUAUAAUGUUUAGCGUUUUUUUUCAGCCAAUGAGUAGCUGGAUUCAGAAUUCAAUUUUAUCAGCUCCCCUUGCAAUAGUGACUAUUACCACAUACUAAGCCAUGACCUUUGCCAUUCGCUUCAUAUCGUUAAAAAAACAAAAACAAAACAAAACAGUACAUAGCAACCAAACAUCCCGUCAGUGUGUUUUUCAUACCAAAUGUAGAUGUCGUUGAUGAAAUAGUGGCAAAAUCCUAAUUCAAACGUUUAUAUCGGUUAAUUUGUAUAGAAUAUAUCAAUGGUGCGACUAAUAAUAUUACGGAAUCUGUUGUAAUAUUAUUUAUGCUUAUUUCGUAACUUUUUGUAUUUGAAUAAAAUAUAUAUGAAAAAUGUUCUCUUUUAUUCGACUACUUUGGUUUGAUCCAA